AUGACACUGUCCAGCCUGAAGUCCUUCCUCUGUCACUAUGGUGAAUCACCGGAGAAUACUCCAGUCCUCAAGUUCGACCGACUUCCUCCUUUCGAAGAAAAAUUGUAUGCUCAUGGGUGGUCAAGAACCCAUACUUCAAGCUACGUGCCGGAAAUGAUCUUGCUUCGCUCCAGACUCAAACUCAGUGACCAACUUCUUGAGGUUGUGCUCGCGUAUCCAGGGAACCUUGACUUCUCCCCAAGAUUUGCUUCGUAA